CGCGGCAGGUACCCGCAGACCAGCGAGGAAUUCACGUUUUGAUGGUCGAACACAAUUUGCAGGAUAGGUCCUACUUCGUACUUUUAAGUGACCUGGUCUCAAGGGAUCGCGAAUGCCUCUGCAAAUAUGAAAAUCACAGACAGCGUUUUGCGAAACUUUAGGGUUGCCAGGGUCCAUCGUGGGAAGUCGUCCAAGAAAGUCAACUGCGUGGAUUACAGCCCCAAUGGCGAGAGCGCAGUGUCGGGCAGCGACGACGACUCCAUACAGCUGUACGACAUCCGCGACGGAAGUGCCAAAAAGACCCUAUACAGCAAGAAGUAUGGAGUGGAUCUUAUCCGCUACACAUACAAAGAUGCAAGCACUGUGGUCUACAGCAGUAACAAACAAGAUGAUACCAUUCGCUACUUGUCACUCACAGACAACAAGUACAUCCGCUAUUUCCCUGGUCACACUGCACGGGUUGUUGCUCUUUCGAUGUCACCAGUGGACAGCACGUUUAUCUCGGGCUCAUUGGAUAACACCAUUCGAAUCUGGGACCUGCGAUCUCCAAACUGUCAGGGUCUAACUAAUCCACUAGGAAAGCCUGUGUGCUCUUUUGAUCCAGAGGGGUUGAUAUUUGCUGCUGGAGUGGAUUCCCAGGCAAUCAAAUUGUAUGACCUUCGUGCUUAUGACAAGGGGCCGUUUGCCUCCUUUGAGACAAGAUUCAACCGCGUCUGCGAGUGGACGGGACUCAAAUUCAGCAGAGAUGGGAAACAGAUUCUCAUCUCGACCAACGGGGGCGUCAUUUGCAUCCUUAAUGCCUUCAACGGAUCUGUGCUGCACACGUUUUCAGGCUACAACAAUAGCAGAGGCAUAUCUCUGGAGGCUUGCUUCACUCCAGACUCACAGUUCGUCAUGAUCGGAUCAGAGGACGGGAGGGUCCACGUCUGGAACACUGAGAGCGGGAUGAAGGUCGCCGUCUUGGAUGGGAAACAUACAGGACCGAUCAACACCCUCCAGUUUAACCCCAGAUACAUGACGUUUGCCAGCGCCUGUGUUAACAUGACAUUUUGGCUGCCAUGUGUUGAUGACUCGUAGAGGAGAGGGACCAAAAUGUCAUCCGAGUAAGACCACAUCACUGCCCUGCCCAUAAAGGAAUGGACACAUUGGAGACUAUGGAUGCAGUGAGACCUAAAUUCGCAGCAUAGUCCUUUUUCUUUUUUCUAAGAUUUUAUUUUAUUUUAUUUUUUGGCAUUUUCCGCCUUUUUAUUAGAUAGCGGUAGUAGAGAGAGACAGGAAAGGGCCCGGGUCGGAUUCGAACCCAGGUUGCUGCUGUAAGGACUCAGCCUUAUAUGUGGUAUGCACUCCACCAGGUGAGCCACUGGGGCGCCCCAAGCUUUUUCAAAAUAAGCUAUGAGAUACUGUGACUUUAACGAUAUGCUAAUAUUAUCAUGGAAAAACAAACCCCUGAGACCCGGAACAUGGCAGUGUUUUUCCUGCAGUGUUUUGGUCUCUCCAGCUAUGUUUGGUAUCACUAGGCAAUAAAAAUUACUUUUAUUGAAUCAAAGAAGGUUGAAUCAGUUCAUCUGGACACAACGUUUAUUGACAGAUACGUUUCAUCACUCAGCUAAGUGACCUCUUCAGUCUCAACUGACUGCAGGUAUCCCCACCCUUAUAAACAAUACAGUACAAUACACUGCCGAACAACUGAAACCAACCACCAGUUUCAUGAUCAAAUAUGGGUGUGACCUUUAACUAGAGUUUCAAUGGCCAUGUGUGCUAUUCACAGAGGACUGGAGAAUAGUUGCAAUCACAGCAUUGCAAGAUAGCGACAGAUGUACUAUUAACCUCCUCGGUUCAAGGAUGGUCGUCCCCUCUGCACAUUGAUCUUCCGCUUCCGGUGUGGGAAGAUGGCUGCGCGAAUUCGUGUCUGCAGCAGCCUCGCCCAGUGCCGGUGUCGGAAGAUGGUGGCACGAGUUCCUAUUUGUGGCGGCCUCACCCAGUACCGUCCAUGCAGUGUGUUUGUCCACAUCUGUGUCUAAGUUUUGUCUUCGUUUGAUGGCUGGGAGAGCUGGCGCCGGACCGGCUGGGAGAGCGGGGCAGGCUAAACUAACUGCUAGCCCAUGCAGACCAGCAGUUCCGAUAACACCGAGGGCGGUCUUGCGGCGGCCUCACCUGAUGUUGACUGUGGUGUUUUUGAUGUGGUCGUGAGGAGUGCGGGGAGGUGUGUCGAGGGAGUCUGGCUGGGGGAACUGGCGCUGGAUCGGCAGGGAGAGCUUGGUCUGCUUCGUCCGGUGGGCCUCGGGACCACAGCCCCUGCCUGGAGCUGCGCCCGAGGAGGAAACACGGAGGGCGGUCUGACAGGACGCGGAAGCCGGGUGGGCUAAGCUAACCGCUAACCCAUGCAGACUGGCAGUUCCAACAGUCAUCCUGGCUGGCGUUCGUUCCCUUGGACAGUGAUUUUUGUUUAGUUUGGAUAUAUGGGUUAGUUUGGUAUUGCUCUGUUUGUGCCGGGGGAACCAAUCCUUGGGGUGGACCAACUUCUGGCGUAGCUUGUUUUGGGGUUUGAAAGCGAAUGAGACAUGGUGUUUGAAAAAUACACAUCUCAGCUUUUCCGACGCUCUCGCAACAUACAUAUCAGCACUGGUUUACACUUAGGCAGCUGUUGUCCUUCUGCUCUCUUCGAUCUAGUUUAGAUUUAGAUUACUUUAUUAGAUUACUUUAGAUUUAGAUUACUUUAUUAGAUUACUUUAGAUUUAGAGAAGAAAUUCUGUGAGACAUCUCGUCAUUCAGCAUGAUGAAUCAAGUAUAAGUUACUGGCACUUUUGAAAUAUGAAAAUAAUCGUAAGAGAAAAAAGACAAAUACUGUAACACUGACAUAUAAAGAGUAAGACAAAGUGGUUUAAGUCAAAGUGGUAGCCCAACGGUUUAACUUUCUAGAUGAAUUGAUUUUGUGUUUCAUUUGCAUGUUAUACAUAUAUUUUUUAAAAACUGAGAACAAAAAACUACCCCAGUAUCAGUUUUGCACCUGAAAGUAAAUAAUCUUAACCAAGCAGACAUUUGUGGGGUUUCACAUUUUUAAAUACAACGUUCAAGUGACUGUUUGCCUCUUACAAAGAAUUCCGUCUAGUUCGAUCUAGAUGCCUGUAAUACUGCCCCCUGUAGGUGAAUUACAUGGACUGAAUACAGCUUCAGGAGCAGACAUGCUUGGUCAUUGUUAAGGGUGGUCCGACUGCAAAGGGUGGGGUCGUUUUGUAAUUUCAUACGGAGUACCUCCACUGCUUCAUCAACAGGAACGCACGUGAAGAGGGACGUAACGUCAUAAGAGACAAUUGGUUAAUCCUCCAUGAUGAUGUCCCUCACCUCAUCCACAACAUCCACAGUCACAUUCAGAACACAGUCAGAACGCUAUGGGUUUGUUUUUGUUUUUUUGACUUGUUUAUUGGGAAAAAGGUUCAGCAUUGUUUAUCUUAUGGAACAGUAUCAGUAUCCCCCCCCCUUUUUCUCCCCAAUUGUAUUCGGCCAAUUUACCCCGCACGUCCAAGCCGUCCCCUUUGCUGCUCCACCCCGUCCAACGAUCCGGGGAGGGCUACACGUGCCUCCUCCGAUACAUGUGGCGUCGCCAGCCGCUUCUUUUCACCUGACAGUGAGGAGUUUCACCAGGGGGACGUAGCACGUGGGAGGAUCAUGCUACCUCCCCCCGCCCCCGAACAGGCGCCCCGACCGACCAGAUGAGGCGCUAGUGCAGCAACCAUGACACAUACCCACAUCUGGCUUCCCACCCGCAGACACAGUCAAUUGUGUCUGUUGAGACGCCCGACCAAACCGGAGGUGACAUGGGGAUUCGAACCGGUGAUCCCUGUGUUGGUACGCUACCCGGACGCCUUGGAGCAGUAUUUUUUUGACUUGUAGACAUUAGUAGUACUACUGACUUGUAGACAUUGAUAUGUUUAUUUUUUUUUUGAUUGAUGUUUUGUUGAACAUUAAACAUUGAGUUGUGUUCAC